AUGUCACGUCACGUGGCCAUCGCCGAGGAGUUUCCGAAUCCGAAUAAGGAUGAGAAGGAACAUGCCAGUUAUGGGUUAUUGUGGGAAAGAAGGGUGGUGAGGAUUAUUACCCCGGGAACUUUGAUCGAUGAGAAGUUUAUGGAUCCUUGGGAGAAUAAUUAUUUAUUGUGUGUUUGGCCUGGUGGGGGUUCCUCUUCCUCUUCUACUUCUGCUUCGAGUUCUACUUCUACUUCGGCUUCUGGUAGUAGUGGUGAUGAAGGAGAAGGGCAGGAUAGUCCUGUGGGACUGGCGUGGUUGGAUUUAUCUACUGGAGAUUUUUUCACACAGGGGAGUACCCGUGGAGCACUUACAGCUGAAUUGGCAAGGAUAGGACCGCGGGAGAUAGUGAUCGAUGAGUCCUGCAGAAAUACGCCAGAGGUUACUUUACUUACCUCGGAAAAGCGACUUUUGACAUUUCAUACCUCUACGAUUUCACCGCUGGAUACGAAAUCUUGGGCUUCACUUCUUGAAUCUUCUUCUACUUCCACUUCUUCUUCGAAGAAGAGGAAUUUACUUGAAGUAGGAGGGUUUGGAAAUGAAGAGAUUAGUGCGGGGAGUACGCUUUUGAGUUAUGUGAAGGAGAAGUUACAAGGGUUGAGUAUGAAACUUCAACCGCCGGUUAGGAGGUCGAAGGAGAAUAAUAUGUUGAUUGAUGCGGUGACUAUGAGGGCGUUGGAGAUUAGGAGUACGUUGAAGGAUGGGGUUGUAGGUGGAGUUGGGACUUUGUUGAAGACUGUUAGGAGGACUGUUACUAGAGGGGGUACGAGGAGGUUGGGGAGUUGGUUGACAUCACCGGAGACGAGUGUAAAAAUCAUAAACGACCGUCUAAACCUCGUCGAACAUUUCAUCGCCUCACCAAAGCUACUAGAAGACAUACGCUACAAACUAAAACUAACGCACGAUUCCCAACGAUUAGUCCAAAAGAUGUCACUAGGUCGCGGUGACGCAGACGAUCUCGUCUCCCUCGCCAGAACAAUAAUUCAAACUCAAGAUAUAGUGGAUUGUAUAUCUUCCCAUUUACCUCGGAAGAAAGAAAGUUUGAAAGUUGUGAAAGAGUUGAUCGGGAGGAUUGAGAAGUUGGAGGAGUUGGCGGGGAGGAUUUUGAGGAGUAUUGAUGAGAAUGGGUUGAUGUUGAGACAUACUAUUGAGGAUAGAGAGGCGGCGGAGAUAACGGCUUUGGCGGAGGCGGUGGAGAGGGGGAGGGUUUUGAGUGAGGAGGCGGAAGGGGAAGGGGAGGAAGGUUUGGAGGAGGGGGAGGAGGAGGUUGUAGAAGAGGAGAAGCCGAAGAAGAGAGGGAGGAAGAAGGCUACUGCGACUCCUGCUGCUACUACUCCUACUACCAAAGCGACGGUGAAGAAGACGAUAAAACCAAGAACCCAAAGAAUCUUAAAAGAAGUCGAUAGAGAAAAAGUCGAACCAUGGAUAAUGCAUCCCACAGCCUCAAAGACACUUACAAAGCUCCACAAAAGCCUAGAAGAACUCAUGACCGAAAAACAACUUCUCGAAACCCGUCUCCUCGACGAAUCAAUGCUUAGCGAACACCUCGUCGCCUUAAAAUGGACACCAUCGUUAGGUCAUAUCUUACAUAUCAAAUCCAGAACAUUACCGGAUAUGACAGAAGGAAUCCUCUCCUCCGCAAUCAGCGUCGGUUCUUCAAAAAGUACACACUCCUACCAUCUCCCCGAAUGGACAAAACUCGGUUCUAGGAUAGAAAUGGCCCGUUUGGCUAUUCGUGCGGAAGAACAGAAGGUAUUACAGGAUAUCAGAAAACAAGUUAUUCUGAAUAUCCACGCGUUAAGAAGGAACGCAACUGUAUUGGAUGAACUUGAUAUCGCAGCUGGAUUUGCGGUAUUAGCGAAGGAAAGCGGAUGGGUAAGACCCAUUUUAAAUAUGAGUACCGAACAUAAGAUCGUCGGGGGCAGACAUGCGACUGUUCAAAGGAGUCUGGAUGAUUUGGGAAGAACUUUUGUGGCGAAUGAUUGCUGGGUCGGUGGGGAGGAAGGAAUGUGGAUUAUCACCGGACCAAAUAUGGCCGGUAAAUCCACCUUCCUACGUCAAAACGCCCUAAUCUCAAUCCUAGCCCAAACAGGCUCUUACGUCCCCGCCGACCACGCCGAAAUCGGUAUCAUAGACCAAAUCUUCAGUCGGGUCGGUUCAGCAGACGACCUCUACCGUUCCCAAUCCACGUUUAUGGUAGAAAUGAUCGAAACGGCUUAUAUCCUCAAAAACGCCACCCCUCGCAGCUUCGUUAUCAUGGAUGAAGUCGGGAGGGGAACAACGGUGGAUGAUGGGUUUGCUAUCGCUGGUGGGGUAGUUAGGUAUCUAUGGGAGGUUUGUGGGUGUAGAGUACUGUUUGCUACGCAUUUUCAUGGACUUGUGGAGUUGGUUGAAGGGUGGGAGAAGGGGGAGGGGAAGGGGAGGAAGAGGAUUGGAGCUUAUUGUACGGAUUUGGUGGAGGAUGAGAAGGGUGGGUGGAUGUUUGUGCAUAAAUUGAGGAAGGGGGUGAAUAAGAGGAGUCAUGCGGUGAAAGUCGCGAGAAUGGCGGGGUUACCGCAGUUGGCGUUGAAGACUGCGGAGGAGAUUUUGAAGACUGCGGAGAAGUUUAAGAGGGGGUAA